AUCAUCAUCAUUUGUUCGACACCAUCUUCAAAUUGAACACAGACAAAAACCAUAUUCAAGAAUCGUUUGCGUCAGGCGUGCAUAUAAACCAACAUCCUUUGUGUAUUGAAGUAGCAUCUCUCCAUAACCAUGCAUUUUUUCUCCGAUGACAAGAUGGCAUCAGAGAUCACAUUGUUUGAAGAUGCGAAUGAAGAAUUUUUAACAUGCUCCAUCUGUAAGGACAUUUUCAAACAUCCGAAACAGCUGAAAUGCAUGCAUAACUUCUGCCAAGAUUGCUUACAACCUUUGAUGAAUGAAGCAACUUCACGCAAAAUUAAGUGCCCCCUCUGCCGUGAAGAAGUUGAGCUGACUGUAGACACCGUUGCUGAUCUAGAAGAUAAUAUUUUCCUCAGUCAUUUGUGUGAGUUAUUUCUAGUUGCUAAUCUCAAUACCGUGGACGUCCUCUGCUCAUUUUGUUCAGAAGCAUUAAACGAAGAAAAUGCUUCACGUUGCAUCGAUUGUUCUGAUAACCUCUGCGAUAAAUGUGCAAAGACACACACCCUGACCUGCUUGACAAGAAAUCACCAAGUCAUUUUGAUGUCAGAGCUUAAGACAGAAACCCUGGUGAGAAAAUCAAGAGAAGGAAACGUCAAGAUACCAUGCCAGAAACACUCAAAUAACCAUUUGGAGUACUUCUGCCAAACAUGUCAAGUACCUGUAUGCCUCGGAUGUACUGUUGUAGACCACGUACGUCAAAAUGGUCACGACCUCAUAAACCUAAAUGAUGGUCCAACAAAAGAAAAAUUCAAGGAGCAGAUAACCGAGCAACUUAACAAGCUGGAAGAAAUCAUACCAUCUUUUGAAAAGCAUAUUGAUAUUGCAAAUGAAACGGAGAAAUGUCUUAUCAAAAGUCUUGAAAAAACCAAAAAUGAUAUACGGGAUACUGCUAAGAGUCUUAUUGAUGAAAUCGAAGCUCAUACUAAGUCUUUGAUUGAGAAGGUCGAUAAGAAAGCUGAAGCUAUUCAGAAGUCACUUGAACAUCACAGAGAAGCUGCUGAAAUCCGGGUCAAGAGUUCUACCAAGAUCAACCAGUUUGCUAGAAACCUGUGUAAGCAUGGCCUAAAUUCUGAAAUAAUGUCAUCGGCUAAAGAUCUGCUGAGAAGAAUGAAAGAAUUGCAAGAGGGUAAUAUGAAAGAUCUAGAAGGAACGGGUGAAUUAUGUUUCGUCAGACAAGAUGAAUUUAAGUUUGGAGUAGUGAAAGAGUGCAAGAUAAUAGAACGGGAUGAGUACAACUUAUUGGAAUAUUACACUGAAAAAGCGAUGGCGGUUGGUAACAUUGUUAAAAGAGGCCCAAAUUGGCCAACAGGAUAUGACAAUUACGACAAUAAUGGAUAUAAUGGUCAAAACACAAUCCAGUCAAUUCAACGAAACGGGCCGAAUGAUAUUAGAGCUACAGUUUAUUUUCAGUCAGGCUUUAAUAUGGAGUGCAAAAUGAAUCCUGGAGAUUACUGGUUACAGCCAAGUAAUACAUUUGCCAAUUAUCAGCGUCGAUUGAAAUGUUAUGCUGAACAUUUUAUGAAAGUUGGAGAUGAAGUGAAAAGAGGCUUAAACUGGCCUCUAGGUUCAAAUGACUCGUACGAUGAAAGAGGACAGAAGUCAGGAAAAAUUACUCAAGUCAACCAAACACAGACUGGCACUACAGUUACCGUAGAUUUUGGAGCACCAGACAACCAAACCUUUGAAUGCCCAAUGUACAAUGGAUGCUAUUACUUGUUGCCCCUUCAAAAUUCAUUUCCUCUUAUUGAUUGGGUUGAGUUCUAAGUGUAACAUAUUUUAAUUACAGCAUAUGUAUAUUUGAACAGAGCAAACUUUAAAAAAUAUAAUUUUAGUGCAUCUGUCGAUACUGAAAACUAAAUAGACAGAACAAUCUCAGUCAUAGUGAGUGUUCUUCAAAAUGUUUUUUUCAAAUUCGAAGAGGACAAAAGUCUGGAAAAAUCACGCAAAUCAACCAAACACAGAGUGGUACUAUUGUUACCCUAGAUUUUGGACCGCCAGGCAACCAACCCGUCAAUUUCCAAUGAAUACCGGAAACUACCACUUGUUUCCCCUUCAUUCGUACCCUUUAAUUCAUUGGGUUGAGUUUUAAAUGUCACAAAGUAUUAAAUUGUUGAAAAUAUCUUUUUCUGCGCUGUUUAUAGUUAACACUAAAUUAAUACAUGGAGCAAUCUGAGUCAUAGUGAUUAUUUUUCGAAAUUAUACUCUUCAAAUUCCAGACGAAUUAAAUAUGAGGAACAGUACAAUUGCUACUAACUUGACCAUCGUAUUACUUAAAAUCUGCUACUGCUACAGUGUUUAAAAGCCCCGUUCCCGGCAAAAUUUCAGU